AUGAUAAAAAGAGCAUUUUUUGGAAUUUCUUUAAAAAACAAACAAAAAUUCACCUUCAAAGAAUAAAUUGGUUUACUCUGUUAUAAAUUUACAUAAAUAAUUUUAGAUGGUAAAGGUGAAGCAAAAGUUUAUGGACUUUCUGGCAAUUAAAAAAUAUUGAUUGCUUCUUUAAAUUAAAAGUAAAACUCAAGCAAAUGCUAAUUAAUAAUGGAUGAAAAUAAUUUUAGCAAUUUAAUAUGUAUAGGAGAUGAGUCAAUCUAAGUUUAUGUAUUAGGAUAUAAAUUAGAAAAUAAAAAUUAAAAAAUAAAGAAUAAUAAUUAAAAUGAAAUUUUGGCAUACACAGAUGAAUUCAAAGCUCUAUAACCUUUAGAAGAUAAAGAAUUAGAUUAAGAUGAAAUUGAGUUACUUUCUAAAAAAGAACAGAAAGAAUAUAAAAAUAAAUAAAAACAAAAGCAAUUAAAUUAAAAAUAUUGA